CCGGCGGUGCGGCGGGGGAGAUGUGCGCGGCGGGGAGGCGCUGGGGCCGGCGGCAGCGAGUGCUGCUGUGGGGCGUCCUGCUGGCGGCCUGGGAGGCGGCGUGGGGGCAGCUGCGCUACUCGGUGCCCGAGGAGAUGCCCAAGGGCUCGUUCGUGGGCGACGUGGCCAAGGACCUGGGGCUGCAGAUGCCGGCGCUCUCAGACCGUGGCGUCCGCAUCAUAGACAGAGGUAGGACACAGUACUUUGCUCUACACGGGAAGACAGGACAUUUAGUGACGGCCGAGAGGAUCGACAGAGAGCAGCUGUGCCGGCUGGUGGAGCAAUGCGUGCUGCGCUGUGAGCUGAUAGUGGAGGGGGAAAUGAAGGUUUACAAAAUUGAUGUGGAAAUCACGGACAUUAACGACAACUCCCCCACCUUCAAGGACAUUGAAGUGGAAGAGAAAAUAAGCGAGAUGACAGCCUCAGGGUCGCGGUUUGCACUUCCCAGGGCUCACGACCCCGACUCGGGACAGAAUUCCCUGCAGAGCUACGAGCUGAGCGGCGACGAGCACUUCUCGCUGGCCGUGCAGACGGGCCCCGGCGGGGAUCAGCGUCCCGAGCUGGUGCUGGCGAAGGCGCUGGACCGGGAGGAGGCGGCGUUCCACGAGCUGGUGCUGAGGGCGAGCGACGGCGGCGAGCCGUCCCGGACGGGCACGGCGCGGAUCCGCGUGACGGUGCUGGACGCGAACGACAACGCGCCCGUGUUCAGCCAGGCGGAGUACACGGUGCGUGUGCCGGAGGACGUGCCCGUGGGCUCCGUCCUCGUCACCGUCACGGCCACAGAUGCAGAUGAAGGCUUGAACGGGAACGUCAGAUACUCAUUGCAGAAAGAGGCGGACAUGGCAUUGGAUAUUGUCAAUGUGGAUGCUGAAACCGGAGAGAUCACGCUAUUGCGAAGCCUGGACUUUGAGGAAGGCAAAGCCUACGAGCUGGAGGUGCAAGCACGGGACGGAGGACAACUUUACGAUACGGCAAAGGUCGGGAUCACCGUAACCGACGUCAAUGACAAUGCGCCUGAACUAACAGUGACUUCUCAGCUUAGUGAGGUCUCUGAGGACGCCCCUUCGGGGACUGUUGUAGCCCUGCUGCACGUACAGGACCAGGACUCGGGGGCCAACGGCGAAGUGCGCUGCUCGCUCGAUGAGGGCGUCCCGUUCCGCCUGGAGAGCUCUCAGGACAGCUACUACCGAGUGGUGACAGCGAAAGAGCUGGACCGGGAGCAGGAGUCGGAGUACAACGUGACGGUGCGGGCGGCCGACGGCGGUCGUCCAUCUCUGCAGAGCAGCAAGGUGCUGUGUCUGCGGGUGCUGGACGUGAACGACAACGCGCCGGUGUUCUCGCAGGAGCGCUACAGCGCUCGGCUGUCGGAGAACAACGUGGCGGGCGCGCUGGUGCUGCGGGUGCGGGCGACGGACUCGGACUGGGGGGAGAACGCGCGCGUGCGGUACCGUCUGGGGGAGGGUGGUGUGCGGGGCUGGCCGCUGUCGUCGUACGUGUCGGUGCAGGCGGAGACGGGCGCGCUGUACGCGCUGCGCUCGUUCGAUUACGAGGAGGUGCGCGAGGUGGGGCUGUGGGUUUGGGCGGAGGACGGCGGCUCGCCGGCGCUGAGCAGCAACGUGUCGGUGCGGCUGGUGAUCGUGGACGAGAACGACAACGCGCCGCAGGUGCUGUACCCGCCGGCGUCGGGGGCGGCUGUGUCGGGCUCGGUGUGGUCGGGCGUGGAGCUGGCGGCGCGGUCGAGCGAGGCCGGCGCGCUGGUGGCCAAGGUGGUGGCGGUGGACGCGGACGCGGGUCAGAACGCGUGGCUGUCGUACGAGCUGGCCAAGGCGACGGAUCCGGGGCUGUUCCGCGUGGGGCUGCACAGCGGCGAGGUGCGCACGGCGCGCUCGCCACUGGCCCGCGACGCGGCGCGGCAGAGCCUGGUGGUGCUGGUGAAGGACCACGGGCGGCCGGCGCUGUCGGCCACGGCCACGCUGAGCGUGGUGCUGGCCGAGAGCGUGGCCGAGCUGCUGGCCGAGCUGGGCAGCGCGGCGCGGGCGGAGGCGGAGGCGGGGGCGGGCGAGGCGGGCGGCAGCCUGACGCGCUGGCUGGUGCUGGCCGUGGCCGCCGUGUCGUGCCUGUUCCUCGCCUUCCUGCUGCUGCUGCUGGCGCUGCGCCUGCGGCGCUGGCGGCGCUCGCAGCAGCAGCUGCUGGCGGCGGGCAGCGGCGCCUUGCGCGGCGUGCCGGCCACGCACUUCGUGGGCAUCGACGGCGUGCGCGCCUUCCUGCACUCCUACUCGCACGACGUGUCUCUCACGGCCGACUCGCGCAAGAGCCACCUCCGCUUCUCGGCCGACAGCUGCUGCGACACCCUGCCGGCCCGGCCGCCGCCCGACGAGCCCGCGCCGCUGCUCGCCGACGAGGAACCUGCCGGGUCCCAACCUGCUGACCCCGCCCCUCCCCCGGUGAGUUCCUCAUGCCGAACUCUGUCUGCGAGUCUUCCCUCUGUUGUUCCUCUGUCCUUUUUCCCCCGUGGCCUGUGUCCUGCACAGGGAAAUUUGCUAACAAGUAAGGAGAGGCACCGUUCUUUGCUACACUGUGGGCUGGUGCCUCUCGCUGCGGUGAGAGGGACGUGGGAUCGGUGCUCAGCCUCAGAGUUGGUGGGCGAGGUAGUAGAAGGGAGGCUGCUCUUGGCUGGAGGUUCUUUUUUUGCCAGGCUUUGUGUUUUCCGAAAGCAUCAUUUCUUUUCUCCUUUUGUACCCUGACAAGUGGAAUUCCUGUCAGCCUUAAGUAUUCUCCACCGAUGUGUUGCAUUACAGGGAAAUUGAAUUUACGAUGCUCGCAGGGUCAGGUGUCUUUCUAACAGCACAUGUGAAUGAACAGGUUGGGAUUCUCUUGAAAUCGAACUUAGUGGCCCCGUGUGCAACAUCACUCGACAUCUGUUUUAUUCUUCUCAGCCUUCCUGUGUCUCCACGGUAAUGCAGAGACCAACGAAAUGUUUCUUAACUCGUCCUUGCCAUUAUCUUUGUGCUCCUGGUGGAGGAAUAGGCUGGUUAAUUAGCAGUCCCUUGGUGAUGUUUGUCUGCUUGCUAUGAAGAGGAAUGAAACUCGUGAAUGUUGUGGCUGUUUGGGAAAGCAUGUAAUGUAAAGGGAUGGUGGAGGAAAUGGCAGAGUUGUCUGAAGUCCAUGGUCCGAUGGUGGUCCCCAGUGAAGAAAAACGGCAAGAAUGUGACUUUAUUCUUCUCAAAGACUUUUGUGUAGGCAACAUAGUAAUCAGUCUGAUUUGGGAGCAUGGGGAGGUUCUUCCUUGUGUAUGUGCAGGUUGUGAUGAAUUUCACCAAUAGCUUAAUUACAGACUUAUCACAAGUGCCACAAUGUAACCUUUGAGAUCCCCUUCCUGUCUAUUCUUUCCUUACUUAAGACUGGAAUUAGGUGCCUUCCAUAAGUGCCAUAAUCCAGAAGAGGACGUUGUGAUCCCUUCCUUUCUGCAGGUGUUACCUUCUUGCCUUGCUCGCUGUCAUGGCUGAAGGUGGGCCUUUGUAUCAGAUAAUGCGUGGCAGAUCAGAUCUGUCACCCUUGUCUGACUGUCCCGCACACGCCUUUCGUUUUUACAGCUGUAAAGAGAAGGACUUUCAGAGAGGUGUUUCCUUAAGAUGUCACUGGCAGAAAUGCUCUUAUGUGUCACAUGCAUGUGGUGUGAAAGCAAAUACUGUCCACGUUAAAGAGAAGUUGUCUCUGCAACUUUCCCAUGGGUGGGGUCUGGGUGCAAAUGGUGGGGAUGAGUGAGAAUUAUGUGAGCUGUGAAGAGUUUGAGGAGGGUCUUGGGGGUGCUGUGUGUGAGGAGAUACUGGUAGAGACAAGUCAUGUGUUUUGUUGAUGCACAGCUUUUAUUAAUGACCUUCUGAAAAUGCACCUACGGAUGUCUUAUCUUUGACAUCCCACUGCUCAGGAUCCAACUAAUUUGUGG